GGGCGGGGGGGUGCUGCAGCCGCCCGAGGAAGAGGAGGACGGCGGCGGCGAGGAGGAGAGCGGGGGACUCGCGGCGGCGGGCCCGGGCCGCGGGGAUGCAGCGGACUGUGUGUGUCUGGCUGUAGCUGACGCGAGGCGGCGAGGAGGCGCCGGAGACCCGCGAGAGGGGCGACCGGGAGGCGGCUGCGGCCGGGAGAAGUAGCAGCAGGACGGGCGGCGGCGGCAGCGGAGACGGCAGCCCUGAAAUGCAUUUUCUUCUCCAGCGGCCAUGUUAACCAGGAAACCUUCGGCCGCCGCUCCCGCCGCCUACCCGACCGGCCGAGGAGGGGACAGCGCCGUUCGUCAGCUUCAGGCUUCCCCUGGGCUCGGUGCUGGGGCUCCCCGGAGCGGAGUGGGGACCGGCCCGCCCUCCCCGAUCGCCCUGCCGCCUCUCCGGGCCAGCAACGCGGCCGCCGCAGCCCACACGAUCGGCGGCAGUAAGCACACAAUGAAUGAUCACGUCAGCAGCCACGGCCACGGCCAGAUCCAGGUUCAGCAGCUGUUCGAGGACAACAGUAACAAGCGGACAGUGCUCACGACGCAGCCCAAUGGGCUCACCACGGUGGGGAAGGCGGGCUUGCCGGUGGUGCCCGAGCGGCAGCUGGAGAGCGUCCACAGACGGCAGGGCAGCGCCACGUCUCUGAAGUCUAUGGAAGGCCUGGGGAAGGCGAAGGCCACCCCCCUGACCCCUGAACAAGCAAUGAAGCAAUACAUGCAAAAGCUGACCACCUUCGAGCACCAUGAGAUUUUCAGCUACCCCGAGAUCUAUUUCUUGGGUCCAAAUGCAAAGAAGCGCCAGGGCAUGACAGGUGGGCCCAACAAUGGAGGCUAUGACGACGACCAGGGAUCCUAUGUGCAGGUGCCCCAUGAUCACGUGGCUUACAGGUACGAGGUCCUCAAGGUCAUCGGGAAGGGAAGCUUCGGGCAGGUGGUCAAGGCCUACGACCACAAAGUCCACCAGCACGUGGCCCUGAAGAUGGUGCGGAAUGAGAAGCGGUUCCACCGGCAGGCGGCGGAGGAGAUCCGAAUCCUGGAGCACCUGCGGAAGCAGGACAGGGACAACACCAUGAACGUCAUCCACAUGCUGGAGAACUUCACCUUCCGGAACCAUAUCUGCAUGACGUUCGAGCUGCUGAGCAUGAACCUUUACGAGCUCAUCAAGAAGAAUAAGUUCCAGGGCUUCAGCCUGCCUCUGGUUCGCAAGUUUGCCCACUCGAUUCUACAGUGCUUGGAUGCUUUGCACAAGAACAGAAUCAUUCACUGUGACCUUAAGCCCGAGAACAUUUUGUUAAAACAGCAGGGUAGAAGCGGGAUUAAAGUGAUCGAUUUCGGCUCCAGUUGUUACGAGCAUCAGCGUGUCUACACGUACAUUCAGUCCCGUUUUUACCGGGCUCCGGAAGUGAUCCUCGGCGCCAGAUACGGCAUGCCCAUCGACAUGUGGAGCCUGGGUUGCAUUCUAGCAGAGCUCCUGACUGGUUACCCACUCUUGCCUGGGGAAGAUGAAGGGGACCAGCUGGCUUGUAUGAUUGAACUGUUGGGCAUGCCCUCUCAGAAACUGCUGGAUGCGUCCAAACGAGCCAAAAAUUUUGUGAGCUCCAAGGGUUAUCCCCGUUACUGCACUGUCACGACUCUCUCAGACGGCUCUGUGGUUCUCAAUGGAGGCCGUUCCCGGCGGGGGAAACUGAGGGGCCCACCUGAGAGCAGAGAGUGGGGGAAUGCACUGAAGGGGUGUGACGAUCCCCUUUUCCUUGACUUCUUAAAACAGUGUUUAGAAUGGGAUCCUGCGGUUCGCAUGACCCCUGGCCAGGCUUUACGGCACCCCUGGCUGAGGAGGCGGUUGCCAAAGCCUCCGACGGGGGAGAAGACAUCCGUGAAAAGGAUAACCGAGAGCACUGGUGCUAUCACAUCCAUUUCCAAGUUACCUCCACCUUCCAGCUCAGCUUCCAAACUGAGGACUAAUUUGGCACAGAUGACGGAUGCCAAUGGGAAUAUUCAGCAGAGGACAGUGUUGCCAAAACUUGUUAGCUGAGCUGAGUCCCCCGAUGCUGGUAAUUUGAAAGAUACGACGUUGCUGAGCCUUAUCGGGUUGAAAAGGAGUAGCUCAGACCUGUUUUUAUUUGCUCAAUAACUCAACUCAUUUGUAUCUUUUCAGCACUUAUUUUAAUGUAAGAAAGUUGUUCAUUUUGUUUUUAUAAAAUACAUGGGGACAAUGCUUUAAGUUUUUAUACUUCUGAAACUGUUUUUGUGUUCUAAAAGUAUGAUGAGCCUUACUGUAUCUAGUGUGGCAGAGUAAUAAACAUCAGUGGCAGGCCAUUGAUUACUUCAUGACUGCUGCGCAUUUACAGAUUGGUGUCGAAGACAUUCACUGUUUCUAUGGUUCAUAGUAUAUUCUCCCCAGGCGACUGCCCCCGAAGGGCCCCCUCCUCCCUCCAUGCGCCAGGUUCACGCACAGGGGUAGCAGGUCCUGCCUCUGUUUCCCGUAAGUCCCGUGGGUGGUAGCGAGGGUGGGAGAAGAAUGGUCAGGACGACAGUGAUACUCUAAGGAGAACUGCACCUUAGGGACUUUUUUUCCCAAACCAGUGGUCAAACAGACACGACCUCCCCAAGGUUGUAAAUGCCCGCUUAGCCUUCUGACUUUCUAAAAGGUGGCCAAGCACACCUGGGUGGGUAAACGGAAACGUGUGUGUUCCUUCAAAUUUUCUAAUAUGAUCAGCAAGCUGUUUUGUAAAGAAGCCUCAGAUUACGGACUUGGUUUUGCACCUAAAUAUAGAAAUGUAUUCCAUGAACUGUUCCUCCUCUUUGCUUUCCUCCUCUCUGUUCCUCUUUUACCACAUAUCUGUUGCUUGCAUUUAGGGUUUUUUUUUUCCUUCCUUCAGAUAUAUAUCCCAGACUGUUAAUACAGAAGAGAGACAUUUCAGCUGUGAUUAUGACCAUUGUUUCAUAUCCCAGUUUAAAAAAGAACAGCAGCCUAGCUACUUAAGGUGGGGAUUUCCAUAGUUCCAAAGGUUUAGCAAAUUAGAGUGAGUUCACACUUUUCAGGUGCCACUGUAAGGUUCUCUUAGCCUGGGAAAGCAUCAACUCUUUAAAGAGAAAAAAGGUUGAAAAUCCUCUUGCUGAAUAGAAGUCAUUGUGAUUGUUUAAUGAGACCAAUUUUAAUAACAAAUUUAAAGGAGGAGAAGCUCAAUCGCAAGUUAAAUGGUUUGACUUAUUUGCGUCAUUAGAAAUACCAUAAAUUGCAUUUCUCUAUCUUACUUUCUUUUGGAUUGCACUGAUUGUUUUUGUGGGAAUGACACUUUACCUGGGAAAGUAACUGAGAGGUAAAAGAAUAUUUUCGUCUCUGAAUAAUAAUUAUUUUCAAAGUGAAAAAUUCAGUAUUUUAUCACUAAUGUAUGAGCAGUGAUAUUUAACAAUUUCAAGGCACGUUGAAGAAAUUUUUUAGUAUGUGCAAUUUAAUAUAGAAAGAUUUUUGCCUGUUUGGAAAAUAGGUUUUGGGUAGUGUAAACUAGGAUAAAUACGCUUUUAUAUGCACAGAUAUUAUUGUAUUGCCUGUAAAUUGAUUUACAGAUACUUAAAGCAUGGUCCCCGGCGAGGCCAAGAAAGUUUCCAGUUAAGUUCUUUAACUAUUAGUCCCACAGUUUCUCUUACUU